AUGGCGCCGUCGCAGAAGGAAUCUGAGUUGGUGAGGAAGGUCCACGACAACGUCCUGGCGGCGCUGCUGCAGAAGGAGCGUGAAGUGCAGGACGAGCUGGACAACAUCACGCACGUGGAGAGCAAGCUAGCUCACAUGCGCGACGAAGAUGCCCUGGAGAGGUUCAGGGAGGCCAGACUGCAGGCGCUCAAGGAGACGCACGCCAAGCGACUGGAGUUCAUGAACAAGGGAUACGGCAAACUGGUCGACGUGGACUCGGACUCGCACUUCUUCGACGUAUGUCGGAACACUCAGCACGUGGUGGCACACUUUUACAGGCCUACCACCGUCAGGUCGCAGUACCUGGACGGCAAGAUGCACGAGCUCUGCCAGACCUACUUCGACACCAAGUUCAUCAGGGUCAACGCCGAGCGCACGCCCUUCCUCUGCGAGCGCUUCAACAUCUGGUGCAUUCCCACGGUAAGUGAGUCGGCCGCCAGCCCAGACGACGUGCAGCUCAUGAUCAUCAUCGACGGCAAGACCAACCACAGCGUCAUCGGCUUCGACGAGUUCGGAGGUGACGGUUUCACGCUCGACGAAUUCGCCAGCGUCCUCAACAAGCACGGCAUACUGCCGCCAGACGCCGGAAACGCACGUAGGAAAAACGCUGAAUGA